GGAAAAAAGACAUCUUGUUAGAAUUAGUCUUGCUAAUUCACAGUGUUGCAGCCAAAUGGCUCCAGUGAAAGAUCUGUCAGUGUCCCCUAUUGUAUGUAAUUCAGUUUUCCAGGAGCUUAUAAUCGCCACAAAACUUUGUACGGCUUCUGGCAUUCUGUACUUUUAAACUAUUGAUCACCCACCUUGGCACUAAUGGCUACUUUUGAAACCCAAAGUCGUUCCAAUGAAGGUGGGCAGGUUCUAGAAAUGAGCUCUGCAGCCAUGAAAUAGUUUGGCUGAUAUAUGCAUUUUGUAUUUUUAAAGGCUCCAGGCUUUACCACAUGGUGAUCUCCAUGUCUGAAUAAAUUCUCCUGAUAUUUCUCCAUCCUUCAAGUGGGCUGAAUCGUCAGUUUGCACAGACCUAUUUUCCCCAGGUGUAUGGUAUCUAAGUCCUAGCUAGAGUGUAAGCACCCCUGUUAGUUCUUCUUCGUGCUUUGUGUGCUGUAUACCAGACUCUUCUGUGGGGCAGGAGUGAGGCAGAAAGGGUUGGAGGGAAUAAAAUAGCCCCUAAUUUACUUUCAGUGCUGCCAGUGUCUGGGAGGAUGCCGCGUCUUCUCUUUCUAUUGAAUUAUGCCCUUUGACUCAGAAUCUUCAGACAAUUCCCUUCCAGCCACUCACCUCUGGCUGCUGUGUGAGGGGCUUAAUUAUUUGCAAACUGCCUUGAAAAUCCCAGGAUGAAAGGCACUGAAUAAGUGCAAAGUAUUGUUAUUCAGAUAUGGAAUUUAAUGAUCCAUUACAGUUCAUCAGGAAAAUGCACUUUGCCGUGAUGGGAGGAAAUGUCUCCACCUGAUAGAGGGUAAUAAUAAGAGCUUAAAAGUAGGUUCAGAUUACAGAUGAGACAAUUAACUCGAGCCAUGUGCUCUUCAAUUUGUUGCAAUUCAUUUUGUGAUCAAAGUGAGUUACCGAGAGCCAGAUGGUCAGGUUCAUGUUCAAAUCUCUCUCAGGCCAGCACUGCACUUCUGUGCCCACUGUCAGCACAGCCAAUGGGACAUAGUAAUUCAGUAGUGAUUGUGAGCUCCAUUCCUUAGGAUCUGUAAUGGAGACUCCCGUGAUGCCAACAGAAGGGCCCAGGCCAAUCCAUUUUGUUGGGCGCAGUUUAAUUUCACUUGGAUUAGCCCUUGCUUAGCAUCUCUGGUAUGGAUCCAGUCUUAACAAGGAAGAAAGGGACCCUUGGUCUCGGAAGCCCUGCUAUGGAACCACACUGCUCUGGGUUUUAAACCUCAGAUUUCAGGAACAUAGUGUCUGGUUUGCUUCCAAGGCUGGCCAGUGCUUAGGUAAAUGAGCACCUUGCUGUUUCUCCGGAGGGGGAGUAGGGUGGUGGGGUGCAGUGAAGAACAGCCCCAGAGGUCAGGACCAUCUGCACACUGCCCUGCCCUCUUCUGCUCAGACAUCUCACACCUGCUUUAAAAUUAUGUCUUUGCCUUCCCAAGAUCUUACAUCAUAAACAAAGAAAGGGGCCUCAUUCCCACUUUCCACUGCGUCCCUCACACUGCGCAUCUGGUCCUGAUGAGGAGAGGGCAUAGUAUAGGAGUGGGGGGCAGCCACUUCUAAGCCCUUGUCUGCUGUUGCCAGGCAGGGUUGAGUGUGAAUGCAGGCUUUGUGCUGCCAGGUCCCUCGCCUGUUUCCAGAUUGUCCUGUGGACUCCCCUCUUCUAAAGUGUUGCUGAGAAUGCCUGUCAGAACUUGGGCUGGGUCAGGGAGAUGACUCCGUGGAUAAAGGCACUAGGCUGCCAGGUCUGACUAGCUUUGAGUUUGGAGAGUACCAAUUUCUGAAAGUUGUACUGUGUGUGUGAGUGUGCGUGUGUGUGUGCUUGUGCGUGUGUGUGUGUGUGUGUGUGUAAGUUAAAUAAACAAACACCAUUUUAAAAGCUGCAGGUGGCCAAUACCGAGUGCUACUUAGUACACUAAAACAUCUUGCCGUUUAAUGUUUUCAGACUUACCAAUUCUCUGAAGCCUGAUACAUAGUGAAUAAUUUGUACACUUGGGCCAAAGGAGCCGCACAAUGGUCAAGAAACCAGAAAGGCUUGUGGACAAUGAAGGUUCAAAUUAACAUCUCAUUAAGGAAUUGCUACCUUCCUUUUUUAGUGGGAAAUUCUAUCUGAAAGGCUAGGUACUUAGUUCCUUGGGCACAAUGUUGCUCUGCAGCUAGAUAACCCAUUGUUUGUGAACUACCCAGUUUCUUUUCAUUGUUGCUGACCAAAGUAGGGUAACUUCUUGAGAAAUCUGAUUAAAACAAUAGGUUUGGUUUACUGAUUGUUCAUGCUUUGCUAGAUCGUACUGAGUUCUUUACCUCAGUGUGUCUCACUGACUACUAGAGCAACUUGUGAAGUAGGUGUGGUGCUGGUUCUUGAGAAUUGGCAGGUUCCGGUCUGAACUUGAGAAUGUCUGCUUGUUCAGAGUGUUUAGCCUGAUGCGAGUGGCCCACACCGUGCUAAGAGUAGCUAUGAAUGCAGCUCAAUACAAAACCGUGCAUUCACUUAAAACCUUAAGAACGUUUUUUUUAGAACUCCAUUGUGAGGUUCUCAACAGUGUCCCGUGUCAUGUUGGAAUGUCAAAGGGUUGGAUUUGCCUCUAGGUUGUUUUCCCAUCUGCAAUACACAAUCCUGCCCCAAGUCAAUGAUUGGAUUGAGGUGUGGCAAGAUCUGCAGCCCAGAGAGAACACAACCUCAGCCCCCAAGUACAUGGAGCAGGGAACAGUACAAGAUGUAACGUGUUUGUCAACUUCUGCAGUUUAGGCAGCAAGCCCUCUCUGGGCUUCUCUGGGCUCUGCUUUCUAUCUGGGCAUUACACAGACACCAGUGACAUCAGGCUGUCCCAGAGGCACUCAAAGUUCAGAAGUCAGCACUGAUGGCAAACACUGGGUCGUCUGUGAGGGAGCUUUCGGCAGAGCUGGAAUGGCAUUAGGAAAAGCAGUACCAGUCAUGGUCCCGAAAGAGAAAACUGUCUUAUCAAUGACAAUACACGACAGUGUAUUUAAUACAUAUUAAAAUUCUAUGCAAAUAUCUACAAAAAAUUGGAAGCAAUGUGAACUAAACAUUUUAUAAACUCAGCAAGGUUGCUCCAAAUGUAACUCGCUCAUUUUACUUUUUCAUGUUCAGUUUAGUCCAGAAAAUAUUUAACAGACAAGUUGUUUGUCAAGAUUUUCCUUCAAGAUUUUAAAAAAAAAUUACUUUUUUCCCUUUCCUGGUCAAUUCAGGUGUGAGUCUCCCUAAAGCUGAAAGUUAACCUUAUAGUCAACAUGCUGCUCCCUUAAAGAGGGACACAGUCUCGGAGUCUUUAUCCCACUGCCUUUUCAAGGGCUGCCUCAUUCCUAAAGAGUAUGUAGCUUGAUCCCAAGAGUGGCCCCACUUCAGAACUCGAGCAAACUUGUCUUUGUCUUUCCUUGAGCUUUUUUUUUUUCCACCAAAAUAAUGAAUGUCCCCAAUCAGAAGGCAUUUCACGUACUAGUUCAUUCUAGUCUUUGGAAUUACAGCCAAGAUGCCUCUCGGUCUUCCCCAGUGACUUCAUAAUCGCAGCUUUCCCAGAAUAUUCCCCUGGUUCACAUCUCUUUUGUUCCUUAGCCUGACCAUGAAUUGUCUUUUGGUUUCAAGAUGUGUCAUUUUCCUCCUGUCUGUCUUUUUUCUUCCUGAGGGCUUCAGGACACAUGGCCGCUGUACAGAGAGCCAUUGCUCCUGGCCAGCUCCCUUUCUUCUAGUCCUUCCUGGGCCUGCAGCUGAUAAAGGCACACUUCGGUCCAUUUCAGAAGAAGGCCUUCAUAUGUUUAAGUCCCCAUCACUGUGGUCUCUGUCCCCCACACCUUCUCCUCUCUUCCCUGUCACUAGGCAGAGACUUCAGAAGUUUGCUGGGGACCCUGCAGCGUCUAACCUGUGGACCUUCUCCGACUCCAAUGGUGACUUUCAUUCCACCAGCAAAUGAUGUGUGCUCACUAACUUUGCAAGCGUUCCAGGAGCCAUAGAUUCCCCCACCUCUUUGGUUUGUCAAGACAGGGUUUCUCUGUGUAGUUCUGGUUGUCCCGGAACUCAUUCAGAAGACCAGGCCGUCCUCAAACUCAGAGAUCCUCUUGCCUCUUUUUUCCCAAGUGCUGGUAUGAAAUGAGUGUGCCCAGAAGCCAUAGAUGGUUGGCAGUUUUAAUUUUCAUCCCAGACAGCACUAUGUAUGGACGCUAUCAAGUAAGUCAUGUGAACAGACACUGUAAUCUUUAAAGGCAAAUGUCACGUGCAUUCAUCCCAGACAAAUAGUGUGUAUCUCUUACUAUGGCUGGUGGCCCAGUCUUGGCCUUGGCCCUUAAGAAGUACACGAUGUAGUUGGAAGGAUUUCUAGUUGGUACAGAGAGCUUAUUUUAACUUGUGUAAGGGGAGGCAUAUCAUCCUCCACAGGCUACAGAGUGGGGAUUUGACCUGGUCAGUUGGUUAGGGAUGCACUCCAUCCCUAGGUAUGAGUUUUAAACCAGGCCAUUUUAAAAUUUGGGGCUUUCUGUUUCCCUCCAACCUCCUAAUCCUAUUAAUUCACAACUAUCUUUGGCCCUUUGGAGUAUUGUGUAACCCACGAUAUAACCCCCAGGGCCAUUUUGGCAAAUGCUAGUCUUGUCUACAGAGUCCAGAAUUGAUUUAUUUGCCACUGCCUUUAGAACUGGAUGAAAACAGAAUUGCUAAUUGCCCAAAGUACACUCAUGUUCAUACUUGGGAAAAAAGUACAAGAUAACAUUCAAGUUAACAUUGUUACUUUGAGCACUUUAACAUCCUCUGACAAUAUUCGAAUGGCCAGAAACCACAUUGGACAUUUCUGGUGGUCAAAUGUCAUGUGUUAGACCUAUGCAUAGACGGUGAGUGAAAAUGUGAGUCUAGCCUCUAAGAAGCUCCACCUUUCCAGAUCAGUGGAGAAAGGGGUGGGGAGAGUAGGAUUUGCAGCCAAGAAUGAUUCUGGACCUUUCUUGGAAGCUUAACUUAAAAGGAGUGGUAGUAUUUAAGACAGGUCAAUUAGAAUGCAUGCUAAAGCACCCCUGGGUUUUCCCUGUAUCUGUGUUGCUUGCACGAACUCAAUCAUCCUAAUAGCCGGGAGCAGUCCUAGACGCAGCAGGGAGUGACUGGGAAAGCAGGGACUGGAUGGGAGAUGUCUGAGGUAAGCAGGGGCCACUAUACUUUGUGUCCCCCUCUCCACUUCUUCAUCUGCAGUGGGACCUCCCGUUGCUGAUAUCAGGAGUGGGCGUUUUGGCAACUCACUGUGAAAUGCUGGCUGGCUGUUUACUUGACAUCUGUCUAAAAGAUAAACUUGAAAAACAGUUUCUCUGGGAAACUGACUUGGAUGUGUAUCUCUCCAGCCAGUCUCGUGAUUCACUUUCUAAUAACUGCGCUCCUCAGAUCUUACUUAGUAAGCAUGUAAAGAUCAGCGAGUAAAGGUGAUAACACGGAAAGCAAAAGACGAAGAGGUGGCCCAUGGAUCCCGUUUCUCCAUCCUCAGGGUUUAUCUCUGUCCCUCACACUCCGGUGGGCCCUCUUGAUAGGUGAAGAAUUUGCCAUUUGAGGUUUUUUGGUGAGGGAAGGGGGGAAAAAAUUAAAAGCAAUGAUUCCUUUAAUCCCGGGAACACUCUACCCUGGAGGAAGAAUGGCAUUCACGGACCAAUUCCAUUAGCGUUCCUAAUUGGGGACGUUAGCAAGCAGUGACAGAGAAAGUAGUAACCUUUGUCCUCAUUCUAGGCAGUUUCAGGAAGAGAUUAUCUUGCCAGAUUAGCGUGUUGCAACUUUGAGCUGGAGAUCUGAAUGGGUUUGAAGGACUCUGCUUGGCAAGCGUCCCACUUACCUGGGGUUUGCGAGGGUCAUGGCUCCGAGUGCUUACUCAGCUCCUCUCUGCCUGGGGCUGGACACCAAGUUGACACUUCAGUCGAGAGGCAUUCUUGGGGCUGCCUGAAUGUUAAGUGCAUGGGGAAGGCUCAGUUUGGGAAAUAAUAAAGCGUAUGAAUGUACUGUGCUCGUCUCUUUUAGCAAUGAGUUCAAAAUUUGGAGAUCGCUAAAUGCGGAGACACUCAGUGUGUCAGUGUUGGAGGUUUUAAGUGAUUAAAAAAAUCAGGCAGAUGAGUGCAUGAAGAUUUCUAUGCAAACAAUGAUGAGCUUAAAUUAAAGCUGCUGAUUUAGUGUGAGAAUUACUUGCAUUGAUUUGUGGAAUAUCUAUAUGGGUUCAAGAUUCCAUAUUAUGCAAAUGAGCAAACCCUGAAGAGUCAAACUGAAGGGAAAAAAAAAGAAAUUAUCUGUGAAAGAUAUUAUUACCAUUCAGUGAGAGGGAAAUGUAGACACAUUUCAAAUUAACCCUUCCUUUGCGCACAUCCCCUGGGAUGAGUAGCUAGCACUGGGUAUAGCAGUCCUUAUGAGAAUUGUAAGGAAGCUAGGCAGGCAGGCUGCCCUCAGUUCCCAGAAUCCCCUUGCAGCCAACUCCAUGUCGCACUCUGUUACCUUUUGGCCACCUGGUGUGAUAGCCAGUUCCUGCCCUUUUGACCUCAACCCAAUACCCGAAAAGGAUUAUAUAAAUAGAGUUUUAUGAGGAAAUCUCUACCCCAGCACACCCGGUGCAUUACUCUUUUGACAUGUCAGCAUUUGAGCAGAAGACAGGCAAAGAAGUAUGCAGGAGAGGAAGCCUGGAACGUUCCACCAUGGUGGCCUGCUGACGGAGUUCCAUGCUGUCUGCUUCAAGAAGUGAGGGUUCCGAAACAAGAAGGACCUUCAGGAGCUUCUUCACACUGUGACAUGUCUGAUCCCUUGUGCCCGUCCCUGCAGCAUGAACAAGGUGGACACUCACUGAUCUACCACAAGAUUGCCUCGCCGAGUUUUGGGGUCCAUGUCUGAAUGGAUUGCUGCAGCCUUCUUAUCUCUUCCUCUGCCCAGUUCCCGGCAUCCUAAGACUCAAAGCCAGGACAGGACCUGGGGAAAUUAUAUGGUUUGAACGGCAUGUCUGUGGAUGAGAAGCCUGACUCCCCCAUGUAUGUGUAUGAGUCCACAGUCCACUGUGCCAACAUCCUCCUGGGCCUCAAUGACCAACGGAAGAAGGACAUUCUCUGUGACGUGACGCUGAUUGUGGAGAGGAAGGAGUUUCGAGCCCACCGGGCUGUGCUGGCUGCAUGCAGUGAAUACUUCUGGCAAGCUCUGGUUGGACAAACAAAAGAUGACUUGGUGGUCAGCUUGCCUGAGGAGGUCACGGCCAGGGGCUUUGGGCCGCUGCUACAGUUUGCCUACACUGCCAAGCUGUUACUCAGCAGAGAGAACAUCCGCGAGGUCAUCCGCUGUGCCGAGUUCCUGCGCAUGCACAAUCUGGAGGACUCCUGCUUCAGCUUCCUGCAGACCCAGCUCCUGAACAGGGAGGAUGGUCUGUUCGUAUGUCGGAAGGACAGUGCGUGCCAGCGCCCCCAGGAGGACCAUGGGAACUCUGCAGGAGAAGAGGAGGAGGAGGAAGAGACGAUGGACUCAGAGACAGCCAGGAUGGCUUGCGCCACAGACCAGAUGCUCCCAGACCCCAUCAGCUUCGAGGCCACUGCCAUCCCAGUAGCAGAGAAAGAAGAAGCCUUGCUUCCUGAGUCUGAGGUACCCACAGAUACCAAGGAAAACUCAGAAAAGGGUGCACUGACCCAGUACCCUCGAUAUAAGAAGUACCAGCUCGCGUGUACCAAGAAUGUCUACAGCGCAGCCUCACACGGUACCUCAGGGUUUGCAGGCACAUUCAGUGAAGAGAGUCCUGGCAAUAGCCUCAAACCAGGGCUCUCCGUGGGACAGAUUAAAAGUGAGCCACCCAACGAGGAGACGGAGGAGGAGAGCAUCACACUCUGCCUGUCAGGAGAUGAAACUGACAUCAAAGACAGACCAGGAGAUGUCGAGAUGGACCGGAAACAACCGAGCCCUGCCCCUCCUCCCGGUACCCCUACUGGAGCCACCAGCCUGGACAGAUCCAGGAGUGUGUCCUCACCUUCCUGUCUGCGGUCUCUGUUCAGUAUAGCAAAAGGCGUGGAGUCGACUGGCCUACCUAGUACAUCUCAGCAACACUUUGUCAGGAGUUCAGCAUGCCCUUUCAACAAGGGGAUCUCUCAGGGUGACCUUAAAACUGAUUACACCCCUUUGGCAGGGAACUACGGACAGCCCCACGUGGGCCAGAAGGAUGUGUCCAACUUCGCAAUGGGGUCGCCACUCAGGGGGCCCGGGCCGGAGACUCUUUGUAAACAGGAGGGAGAGCUGGACCGCAGGAGCGUCAUCUUCUCCGCAAGCACGUGUGACCAACCGAACACUCCGGUGCAUUCAUAUUCUUCGGUGAGCAGUUUGGACAAAGACCUUUCUGAGCCGGUGCCAAAAAGUCUAUGGGUGGGAGCUGGCCAGUCCCUCCCCAGCUCCCAGGCCUACUCCCACGGCGGACUGAUGGCUGACCACUUGCCAGGAAGGAUAAGGCCCAACACCAGCUGCCCGGUGCCAAUCAAAGUCUGUCCUCGCUCACCUCCACUAGAGACCAGAACCAGGACCUCCAGCUCCUGCUCCUCCUAUUCCUACGCAGAGGAUGGGAGUGGGGGCUCCCCCUGCAGCCUCCCUCUCUGCGAGUUUUCCUCUUCACCCUGUUCCCAGGGAGCCAGAUUCCUUGCCACGGAACAUCAGGAACCAGGCCUGAUGGGAGAUGGAAUGUACAACCAAGUCCGACCCCAAAUUAAAUGUGAGCAGUCUUACGGAACCAAUUCCAGUGACGAAUCUGGAUCAUUCUCGGAAGCAGACAGUGAGUCGUGUCCUGUGCAGGACAGGGGCCAGGAGGUUAAACUUCCUUUUCCUGUCGAUCAGAUCACAGACCUUCCCAGGAACGACUUCCAGAUGAUGAUUAAAAUGCACAAGCUAACCUCAGAACAGUUGGAGUUCAUUCACGACAUCCGGAGGCGUAGUAAGAACCGCAUUGCGGCUCAGCGCUGUCGGAAGAGGAAACUGGACUGCAUUCAGAACCUGGAAUGCGAGAUACGAAAACUGGUGUGCGAGAAAGAGAAGCUGUUGUCCGAGAGGAAUCAAUUGAAAGUGUGCAUGGGGGAGCUACUGGACAACUUCUCCUGCCUCUCACAGGAGGUCUGUCGAGACAUCCAGAGUCCAGAGCAGAUCCAGGCCCUGCACCGGUACUGCCCUGUUCUCAUACCCAUGGACCUUCCUGGAGCCAGUGUUAACCCCCCUCCCUUGGGGGUUGAGCAGAGCCUUGCGCCCUCCCAGUGUGCAGUAGGAGGAAGUGUACCCUGCUGCCUGGAGCCAGGGGCAGCUCCCCCUGGGCUCCCCUGGGUGCCCAGCAACACCUCUGAGAAUUGUACGUCUGGGAGGAGGUUGGAAGGCAGUGACCCUGGAACCUUCUCUGAAAGAGGACCUCCUCUGGAAGCCAGGAGCCAGUCAGUGACGGUGGACUUCUGUCAGGAAAUGACUGAGAAGUGUACAACAGACGAACAGCCCAGGAAAGAUUAUGCCUAGCCGCGAUCAGCUCUGCCCCCCGACCCCCGGUCUUCACACCUCUCUCAUCUGAGAGUGCCUCUGCCAGCCAGGGGCACUGUUCAUCUGUGUCUUGAAGAACCGAGAACGACGAAUUUGGUGCACACUACAGCAGUCUUAGCAGCAAUACUGUUCCGAAGUAUUCCCUCCUCUCUUGUAAGCAGGAGUGCUAGUUACCUUCCUAAUGGUGCUACCCCUUGCCCUGGCAAGGUAGACAACAGUGCCGACACUGUCUGUCUGUGGGUUAAUUGCAAACUUCACAGGGAUUAGACUACACCUCUAGGACCCAACCACGGAUUUUUUUUCUCAGUGGCCCAUGUCACAAACCCUAUCUCAGGAAUUUCUUCUGAAUGUUCAAUUUUUUUCAUUGAAGACAGCUUCUAUACACAUCAAAGUUUUAUAGCUAUACUGUGUACAUAGUAUAUAUAAUAUAUAUGAAAUAUAUAUCCAUAUGCAAAAGUCCUGCAUGCCUCGAUUUUCUCAAUUUCCUGAAACUGGAAACUUCACUUAUCAUUUACAAACAUGUCCCAACAUUCCUCUUUCUGUGUCUGAUGCCAGAACUGGUUUUGUAGCUGUUAACAUGGUUGCUUUUCUUGCUGCACAAUUCGGUUUCUAAUCUGUACUUAUUUACAGACCAAAUUCAGCAUCGGAAGUUUCUUCUCAAGGUUCAGUCUCAGACCUUUCACUUUCGUUGGUUUGGUUUCGGCGCCCCCGAAUGGCAUUGGGUGAGCAUCGUGGGUCUGUCCUUUCCUCCUCGUGUUUCCCCCUCGUCCUUGCAGAUACUGCACAGCAAUGGUCAACUUCGCCACUUGCACUGAGUUUUGAGUCAAACCUAUUUUCUUAAAUGAAGUUGUAACUUCGGUAUAACUCAAGUAUAUUGUAUAUUCUUUGCUUUCAGUUAAAGAGGUAAAAAAAAACAUUUUAGCUAAUUAAAAAGCACUCAGGUGAUAAUUAUGUAGGAAAAAAAAAACAAUCUUGCCAAAUAAUGAACCCAUCCUAGGAUGUGUAGACAAUAAUCUGCUUGAAUAUUUUUGUAGCUCACUUCCUCCCCCACCUCCCCUGCAAGGGAAGCGGAAGUGCAGAUAAUUCAGAGCUGACACUGGAUGUCCCGUUCCUAUGAGGGGAAAGAGAUCGCACGGCUCGAAGGACUGCAUGUCAAAAGGACAGGAGCCUGUGGUGUUGUUAGAACCCCACAGGCACUGGUGAAGAGAAAGCAGUGGAGAACCAGUUCCUUGCAGGGGGAGGGGGAUCCCUCUCAUUUCAGCAUUUCUUUCCGGCCUCUGCUUAUACUUUUGCUCAGAAACGUCAUGUGAUAGGACCUGCUUCUUUGAAGGGCACAGCUAACCCACCACCCGGCUUUCCUGCCCAGGUUUGGCUUUCCCACAUUUUAAGACCUGAGGGGAUUUGAAUGACAGCCUUGGCUUUCAGUAGCACCCCCCAACCCCCACCCCCACCCCUGGAGUAGGAAAUAGCAUGGCAGAAUGGAGCCUGAGAUCCACAAGAACAUAGGCUAAUGCCUUCUUUCUUCCUUUCAUUCUUCAAAUGCCCUCUCGGAGGUUUUGCUCUGCCCCCCUCCCCAAGUCUCUUGUCUGAAAGCUGCUGCAUCCAAGUCAUUGGACAGACACCCUUAGGAGCCCUCUGCCCCCUUUUCCCAAGCCCUCCGCCCCUCACCCUUCAUUUCCCCCUCCCCAGGUAAUAACCUGCUUCCUUUGCUAAAAACCGGUUGGUUACAAAUCUGGAGAGCAGCUUCCUUGGUCCUAGGGUAUCCUGGUCCAAACCGUGUUUACAGAAAGGCAUGCUCCAAGGAGGAGUCAGCUCCCUUCUCCCAAAUGGUCUCUAUCUCCUUUUGCUCAGCAGCCCGGAGACCACUCCAGCUGUGCAAGGUUGUCCAGAAAAGUCUGAUAUUGGGAUAGGGUAGAGGGUAAUGGGAACUAGAUGGAUGGUUGACUUUGUUUCUUCAUCUGUGCCAUUGUUUUGGACAAUAUUAAAGCUGCAUGUAAAAGGGGAAAGUAAUGUAUGACUUGUAGGCAAAAGUGAAACCCUAGUGACAUAUGUUCUAGUAUUAUUAACUUCUUUCUGUACUUAUAGUAGUGCUAAAUGUUUAAGUAUGUACAAAUGCCAGAAGUUGUUGAUCCAUGCAGUAGAAUUUAAGGGGAAACUUAUUUCUUUUAAAAUAGGUCCAUUUUUUAAAACCUGCCUCUGGGUUUUGAGUGUGUGUGUGUGUGUGUGUGUGUGUGUGUGUGUGUGUGUGUGUGUGUGUAUAGAUUUUGAUACAGCUGUGUUGGAGCUCCAUCUUUGUUACACCAUUGGUACUUCCUGGUUCCCUGCACCAGGUGUGUCUUCAUGAAAAGCUGGCAAAGCCGGCAUUUAGCUCCAUGGGAAUCAUGUGAUGCUCACAGCUGCCUAUUACGGUGCAAGCGUCAGCAAACAGUAUUUUUUUUUUUAAACUCUCUCAUUGCCUUUUUAAGUGACCUCUUCUAAAGAAACAAAAAGGCUUGUUUUCUGCUCAGGCCACCGAUAGCCCAGAGGAGCCUCUCUGCUUGUUUUAUGCUGUUCCAGCUCCUGGGUGGCUGGAAGUCUUGCCACAUUCCACAGUUUACCCCCUAAGUCUCUGUUGCCAGUAGCUCAGACCUGUGGCAAACAUUUUCCAUGGGAGGGGAGUCCGGUCUCCUCAUUUCUCUCUGCCUCAACUCAGCCCUCAUCUUCCUCAUUUUCUUUGCCUCUUCUGCCCCCCACCCCCAAUCUGUGCCAUGAUUUCAAAUUACUCUUUAAAAAAAAACUUAUUAUUUCUGUGGUAUUUUUAACAGGUAAUUUCAUUCAGUAUCCACCAGGAACAGCAACUGGCUUUGGGUAAUUACUCAUGGGACGUGUCUGUGUCUCUUACUGUUCCAAACAAUUGCUCAUCAAAAUUAUUUCUGAGUUGAUUCAAAGGGAGGACUCACUGGGGUCCAGAAUAUAAGUUCUUCAAGUGGAAUUCGGAAAUCCCCAAUCUGUCCUUCCUGGGAUCCCUCAGUCAACCUCAUUCCCCCUAUGGAAAAGAGAACGAAAGAGAACAGAGGAGAGUGUUUGAGUUUUAAGGGGACAUUUAGUUGUGUGUUUGAAGAUCUUUUCUUUCAAAGAUACAGGAUACUCCAAUCAUAGGACUGACAUGACUGCUUGGUUGGGUCUCCCAGAGGCUGGGGUGUGAAUGGGUCAUGGUCCAGGGCUAGCACCCAAACACAGGCCUCCCCCUGGAGCAGCCUCUGUCCUCCUGGUCUCUGAAUAGCCUCCUUCAGGUUACCCAGGCUGUAGGCAGGUGUGUGCUUUGCCGUGUGUGUUUGUGUCUCUGCGUUAUCUGGGGGUGCCUUGGAGAAAGUCAAACUUCGUGACUUACUGAUUCUGGAACAAAGCAUUUUCAAAAAACUUUUCUAAAGUUGGCAAAGCUACUAGGUCAUCCUGCUACUUCCCUUCCAGGUUCCCUAACAAUGACUCAGGCAUCAGGGCUGAUGCUGCAGUAGAAAGCGUUAUUUUUAAUGUCAUACGAGUAAUUUAUUUACUGUCUUUCUCAAGGUAUGCUGCUUUUUAACAUGCACUAUAAUUUUGGAUAUAAUCCUUGCACUGCUUUUCCAAGGAAGUUUAAAAAACGGCUAGUAACUAGUGUGCUAACUGCCUCUUCUCCUUGAAGGAGCUACAGAGCCACCAGAGGACCUGCCUGGAGGACUGACUAAAGCCUACACUUUUCUCUUGUUUUAAUACUUUAUGAUGGCCACUGAAGAGGAAAAGGACAAAGCAGACAAUGGUUUGAAAGUAUAAACCUUUCACAAAUCGCCCAGUCUUGCCCUGGGGGACUGCUCUGCGUCCCGUGGAACACAUAGUCCUCCAAAAUGAGUCGAUCUGUAAAGCUCCUUGGAGUCUAUUGGAUUGCAUAUUCCUAUACACCUCGGCCCUGUUUAAACCAGGAGCUGUUAUUGAUGACUUCAAACGACUCCACUAGUGCUUACAGUGUGGGGGAAAUCUCAGAUCUAGAAGAGAGCAAGAGUCAAGGUUUACCCUCAGAUCUCUCUCUACGUCUAUCCUUCCCCCCUCCCCAUUCCCCUUCCUUUCUCCCCAUUCCCCUUUCUCUCUCCCCAUUCCCCUUUCCCUCCCCCUUACACACACACACACACACACACACACACACACACACACACACACCAGACUAAAGAAAGAAAAUGAAUUAUUUUAAAAGAAUCAAGCUCUGUGUUGUAUUCUUAGUAUCUACUUGAGGAUUUUGUUGCAGAUCCCAUUUCUGGCAAGUCAGUCCACAAUGCCUCGUGGGGUUGGUAUUCAUAAAGGAAGUCUGUGCAUGGAGAUAUUUUGUGUUCAAAAUGUAUAAUACUACCGGAGCCAUCUCACGACCCGAGUGUCAAAGACUGAUGCUGUAGCAUAGGAUAUAUUUGUGCAUAAAUAGCGUGUGCAAAUAGUACUUGUACAUUGAAGAGACUCCUCGUAGCAGAUCAAAGGUAAAUUAUUCAAAUGAUGGUGCAGAAACAUUACUUGCAAAGUAAUUGUAUAGUAUUUUUCCUACACUCCACCCUGGGAGAUCAUAUUUAUAACAAGUGAAUUAUUAGUGCAUUUUAAUUGUAAUAUGAAAUGAUGCUGCCAUUUCGUGAACAGUAUCCCACUUGGUUGCAGAGGCCCAACUUUUAUAGCUUUGGUUUGAUGUUGUGGCAUGGUGUAUGCGUUUCUCUAUCAAGCAAUGGAUAAACUCUUGGCUGUCAUUUUCAUUCCGGUUUAUUGACCUCAGAUAAAACAAUGGCUAUUCGUGGAAGUGUAUCAAGACCACUCAUUUCAGGUAGACUCACACUCAGUGCCAAACGCUCCCAUGGGAAUGACCAGACACCUAUAUCAGGAAAGAGUGAAGGGACUUGGACAAAAAAAAAAAAUGGGUUUUCCUAAAGAUGGGUGCUAAACUUCUACCAAACACGUCUCUGGGGACAAAGAGUUGGCCUCCACUUGGGUCCUAACAAUGUCUUUUGGCUGUGGCAACGCUGGGAUGCCCAUUCACACUCUGACACGAGAGCCUGGCACUUGUAACGAAUUAUCAGGAAGAUUGCAGAUGCAUUUGGGAGCUUCGGGGACUCAUUAGACACGGUGAGCCAUUCAAGGCAAGAGGGCCUGUGAGAAUUUGUUCCAGAACCAGUCUGAUGCAAGUGCACCUCUAAUAUAUGCCUUACAAACUCCAGAGGCCAUAUGCAAAACAGGGUCUUCUCAGUGUAUGCAAGGGGCUGCGGCCCCUCUUCUCCUCCUCCCCAGCUCAAACAAUACGGACAGUUUUCACACAUAUCUACCUGUAUAACCCUCCGUACCUCUCAUAACUGGUCAACGACUGUAACAGGUUACAUCAGGUGUUUUUUCUACAUACUUUUUACACAGAUUCUAUGCGAUUAAUGUAACUUAAUUCAAUGCAUCAUUUUAUUGUACAAGUUCUUACGCUUGGCCUUAUUUUUUUUCCUAAGUGAUUGUGGUUUUUCUUGUGGUUUUUUCUUGUGGUUUUUUCUUGUAAAGAUAUUGAGAUGGCUGUUGAUGCUUAUUCUCUGUAACUAAGAAUUUUUACCUUUUUGGGAAAAAGCAUUGCUAUGGAUUAAUGAAUUGAGACUUCAUUUACUCGUUGUAAAUACACUAUUGUGCAAAAAAAAAAAAAAACCCUCUCAACUGAAUUGCUAGUGUUAAUUGAAUUUUUGUCUAGACGCCAUUUCUGUUAACGAAAUAAAGACAUAUCAUUCUACAUUGUCAAA